AUGGGCUCGGCCGUCUGGGUCCUGCUGGCCCUGCUGGCGCCCGGCCUGCUGUGGGGUUCCCCCCCACGGCUGGAGGUGCGGGGGGCCAGGGGUCAGAUCCUGCUGCCCUGUGGGGCCCGGGGCCCCCGGCUGCGCUGGGUCUGGUCCCCCCGAUACCCCAAAUGCGCCGGCGACCCCGGAGACCAGCUCGAAAUCGCCCGUCUGCCCCCCGGGCCGGAGCCCCCCCUGGACCAGUUCAAGGGGCGCCUGGAUCCCCACCCCUCCGGCCUGGGGGCCCUGCUGCUCCGGGACCUGGUCAUGAGCGACUCAGGGACCUUCACGUGCCACGGGGAGUCUGGGGCCGAGCCCCCCAUCCAGCUGGAGGUGACAGGAGGCUGUCGGAACAACCUCACC